GCAUCACUAGUUGGUGUUGGUACAAGCCUUUAUAUCAACAAAGAGGAAGAAGUGGGAAAUGGCUCAAGGCAACACCCUACAGUACAACUCCUCUGACGAAGAGGCUCUAACAGAGCACUAUGAAAUCCUAAAGACCCUUGGUCGGGGAGCAUUUGGAGAAGUAAAAUUGGCUAGCCAUCUACUCACCCAGACAAGGGUAGCAGUAAAAGUUCUUCCAAAAGGCACAAAGAAUAGCUUCAUCAAAUCAGAAAUUGAAAUAAUGAAAUCUCUAGACCAUCCCAAUAUCAUUAAACUUCUGCACAUAAUCGACACCACAAAUACCACGUACAUAGUUAUGGACUAUGCCAUAGGCGGAGAGCUGAUGGACAGGAUUGUGGAGUUUGGCUACCUACAGGAGGAGGAGUCCCGUAAGGUAUUUAAACAGAUGGUAUGUGCCCUUCAGUAUUGUCACAUGAAAGGGAUUGUUCACAGGGAUCUAAAGCCUGAAAAUAUUUUAGUGGACGGCAAAGGAAAUAUAAAACUCAGUGAUUUUGGGCUGGGCACCAAGCUUACCCUGGGGCAGAAGCUAGCACAUUUCUGUGGGACCGUUCCUUAUUGUGCCCCAGAAGUCUUUAAAGGUGGAAGCUACGAUGGCCGAGCAACCGACAUCUGGAGUUUGGGGGUUGUACUCUACUUUAUGUCUACAGGGUGCCUCCCUUUCAAGGGAACUGCCUUUGUAGGAAUAAAGGAGCAGAUCUUGGUGGGAAAGUACUCUGUUGAAUUCAAGCUGUCGCCAGAGCUUUGGGAUCUUAUUGCUAAGUUGUUAACUAUAAAUCCUGGAGAAAGACCAACAAUAGAUGAUGUUGUGGGCUUUCAAUGGCUGAAGCAUGGCAAUGAAGGUUCUCCCAAUCCCUUUAGAGAGAACGAUGAGGACAGAUACCCAGACCCCACUGUGAUGGCCAUCAUGGGUGUCAUGGGUUAUAAGCAAGAACAGAUACUGGAAGCUUUACACGAGAAGAAGUUUGAUCAAGUGAUGGCCACCUACUUGAUUCUUAGGCAGCAGUCACCCUGGGAAGACAUUACAAAAGAUCUUCAGCCCAAGCAGUCUGCUGGAACCUUGAACCUUACAGGCCCUCCCACAACACCUAAAGUGACUAUCAAGAGGGGAUCUAGUGUCUCUAUCCUUUCCACUUCUUCCAGUUUGCACACUCUAACUGAGAGUCCUGAGAAUGACAAAAAGGGGAGAACGAGGUACAGUAGGCCUCCCACCCUGAACUGCCCUGACAAGAAAACAGCCCCCAUUCACAGAAUCUGCCCCCAGUGUGUGCAUGAGGCUAAUUUCAUGAACAGCACCUCGGGGGAUUCAGAGAGCACUAUUAACACCUCCGAUGAAAUAUGUACCACAGUGUCUUGCCCCCAGUGUGUACAUGAGGCUAAUUUCUCGAACAGCACCUCGGGGGAUUCAGAGAGCACUAUUAACACCUCCGAUGAAAUAUGUACCACAGUGUCCUGCCCCCAGUGUGUACAUGAGGCUAAUUUCACGAACAGCACCUCGGGGGAUUCAGAGAGCACUGUUAACACCUCCGAUGAAAUAUGUACCACAGUGUCCUGCCCCCAGUGUGUACAUGAGGCUAAUUUCACGAACAGCACCUCGGGGGAUUCAGAGAGCACUGUUAACACCUCCGAUGAAAUAUGUACCACAGUGUCCUGCCCCCAGUGUGUACAUGAGGCUAAUUUCACGAACAGCACCUCGGGGGAUUCAGAGAGCACUGUUAACACCUCCGAUGAAAUAUGUACCACAGUGUCCUGCCCCCAGUGUGUACAUGAGGCUAAUUUCACGAACAGCACCUCGGGGGAUUCAGAGAGCACUGUUAACACCUCCGAUGAAAUAUGUACCACAGUGUCCUGCCCCCAGUGUGUACAUGAGGCUAAUUUCACGAACAGCACCUCGGGGGAUUCAGAGAGCACUGUUAACACCUCCGAUGAAAUAUGUACCACAGUGUCCUGCCCCCAGUGUGUACAUGAGGCUAAUUUCACGAACAGCACCUCGGGGGAUUCAGAGAGCACUGUUAACACCUCCGAUGAAAUAUGUACCACAGUGUCCUGCCCCCAGUGUGUACAUGAGGCUAAUUUCACGAACAGCACCUCGGGGGAUUCAGAGAGCACUGUUAACACCUCCGAUGAAAUAUGUACCACAGUGUCCUGCCCCCAGUGUGUACAUGAGGCUAAUUUCACGAACAGCACCUCGGGGGAUUCAGAGAGCACUGUUAACACCUCCGAUGAAAUAUGUACCACAGUGUCCUGCCCCCAGUGUGUACAUGAGGCUAAUUUCACGAACAGCACCUUGGGGGAUUCAGAGAGCACUGUUAACACCUCCGAUGAAAUAUGUACCACAGUGUCCUGCCCCCAGUGUGUACAUGAGGCUAAUUUCACGAACAGCACCUCGGGAGAUUCAGAGAGCACUGUUAACACCUCCGAUGAAAUAUGUACCACAGUGUCCUGCCCCCAGUGUGUACAUGAGGCUAAUUUCACGAACAGCACCUCGGGGGAUUCAGAGAGCACUGUUAACACCUCCGAUGAAAUAUGUACCACAGUGUCCUGCCCCCAGUGUGUACAUGAGGCUAAUUUCACGAACAGCACCUCGGGGGAUUCAGAGAGCACUGUUAACAGUUCCGAUGAAAUAUGUACCACAGUGUCUUGCCCCCAGUGUGUACAUGAGGCUAAUUUCACGAACAGCACCUCGGGGGAUUCAGAGAGCACUGUUAACACCUCCGAUGAAAUAUGUACCACAGUGUCUUCAGCACUGGAAACUUAUUCCAGUAAGUUAUCCUGGAAUGUGUCCGAAGCUGGCCCUAACAAAUCAAAGAGCAAGGCGUCCUCACAGGAUGUUUUAUCUCAUCACACCACUAUGGAGGAAGUUCAGUGCAGAGACGUCAACAUACAAGGUGAAAUUAUCGGUUCAUCUCUCCCACAAACCUCACCUCAGGAGGACCUCAGAGGACAGCCCCACAGCAUGUCUACUGCUGGUCAGAGAGAUGAAAGGAGCAGCUCAUCUCUCCUACAAACUGCACCUCAGGAGGACCUCAGAGGACAGCCCCACAGCAUGUCUACUGCUGGUCGGAGAGGUGAAAGGAGCAGCUCAUCUCUCCUACAAACUGCACCUCAGGAGGACCUCAGAGGACAGCCCCUCAGUGUUGCUACAGCUGCUUCAAAGAACAACAUGACCUCACAAGAUAGAUCAACUCCAUUCUCCAGCAAGGAGGCCCAGGAUGAGGGUCCGAUUGUACAAGAAAAAGACCUCAGCCCAUCCUCCCCAGAAAUACCUCAGGGACACCUCAGUGGCCGGAGACAGACUGCACCCAGAGCCCCCUUUAGAAAGCGGGCUUGGAGGAGCCUACAGAGCAGGAUUAUAAAAGGCCUGAGAAGUUUAUGCUGCUGCAUACCAACAGAAAAGAGGGAGCGCCUAGGCUGCAACAAAAUCCUGCCUGUGACCUUAGAGGACCAUGGAGGGAGCCAAGGUAACAGUGCUGUUGGAGGCACUGUGCUCCCCCAAAGCUGAAACCAGAGAGUGAAGAGCAGCAUGCUGAGGAUGCACAGGGCCGCUGGAGAGAGCCAGUGUGAUCGUCAUUCCAGCUACCUGUCGCCAGGUGUACCAUGAGCCAUUAGAAGAGAGAGCAGCACCGCAAGCAGAGGAGGACCCCAGAGGGCCUGCCCAGUUUGUAUGUGUUCAAGAUGAGUAUUGCUGACCAGGUUGGAGCCAGACACAGAGGAGGAACGAGUUUGCAGGGAGUGUCCAUCUUGUGCUCAUUUGGGAAGGUAGAGUGUGUGGGAACAGGUGAGUCCAUUAGUUAUGGUGCAGCUCUCAGCACCAUCCUGAACUACUAGACAGCUUGCUUCCCAUCCCCACCAGAUCCAGACACCUUCAUAACUCACCCCAGCACUAUUACUGCUGAACUGCUUGUUGCUUUGCAACCUGAGUCAUAUGGAUGCACUCUUCUGUACUCUGUAUCUGGACAGACAGGGACACACACACACAUACACACACACACACACACACACACACACACACACACACACACACACGUUUCUCCCAAUGUACCUCGUGCACAGUUGACACUAGUGAAGUUUGCUUGAACUGGAGAGGACUCCCAUUCCAAGAAAGGGCAUCCGGUCCUGUGCAAGGGAAGGCCCACCAGCUGUGCUUUGAGUGGAAGCAAGGUGAAGUCUGGAGUGUUUGACAGUUGGAUUCAGAGAUGGAGCUGGUUCCAAGCGUGAUCGUGGAUAGAAUCUGUUGAUGGAAAAACAAUGGCAACCCCCGGCCUGACAGUGGACAUGGCUGGUGCUGAAGCUUUGUGUCUCCAGGCAGCAGGCUGGGAAAGACUUUUGCUGCCUGUAUGACCCUAUGCUGGGGCUACCAAGGAGACUCCUGGGACUACACUCAGCAAGGGACAUUUUCAACUGGAUGGUGCUUAGAGCAGGAGAUGCCACUCAAGCCCUAAUACACUGGAUGGAAGGGGGAACACACAGGUCUCCUUGAUGGAAGAGGCUUCUGAUUGACAGAGAAUUUGGGCCAGAGGCUUACAAGCAGAUGGACUAAGAGCAACAAAAGAAAAUGUCUACUGAUCCAGGUGAAGAUCAGCCAUCGAGGAUAUGCUCAGAGAGCUGGGCAUAAGAUUGCUCUGCAGAAGUGUUACCAAGAAAGACAGGCACCAGACAAAAAGAUAUACGGCACAAAUAUCUGAAUAAAGAGAUUGUUUUCUUGCUACAAUAAAUUCCUUUGUAUAUUUGAA